AUGAACAGCUUCUUGAAUAUGGCGAGUAUAGGGGAAUUCGACCCUCUGACAGCUGCCAUCCCCGCCACCAAAGUUGAAAUCACGGUGUCUUGCAGAAAUCUUCUGGACAGAGACACAUUCUCCAAAUCUGAUCCAAUCUGUGUGUUGUACACUCAGACAGUGGGGAACAGAGAAUGGAGAGAGUUCGGCAGGACAGAAGUGAUAGAUAACACUCUGAAUCCAGAUUUUGUAAAGAAGUUUAUCAUUGAUUACUUCUUCGAGGAGAGACAGAACCUACGCUUUGACCUGUACGACCUCGACUCCAAGAGUGAGAACCUGUCCAAACAUGAUUUCCUUGGCCAGGCGUUCUGUACUCUGGGGGAGAUUGUAGGCUCUCUGGGCAGUCGGUUGGAAAGACCCCUGGCUGGGAUUCCAGGGAAGAACUGUGGAACCAUCAUUGUUCAAGCAGAGGAAGUAGGAAACUGCAGGGAGUCUGUAUUGUUACAGUUUUGUGGGAACAAGCUUGACAAGAAAGAUUUCUUUGGAAAGUCUGAUCCUUUCCUUGUCUUCUACCGUAGCAAUGGGGAUGGCACGUUCACCAUCUGUCAUAAGACAGAGGUGGUUAAGAACACUCUAGACCCCGUUUGGCAGGCCUUCAAACUGCCCGUCAGAGCUCUGUGUAAUGGAGACUACGACAGAGAAAUAAAGAUCGAGGUUUAUGACUGGGACAGAGAUGGCGGCCAUGACUACAUUGGGGAGUUCAGCACUACCUACAGGGAGCUUUGUAAAGGCCAGUCACAGUUCAACGUGUAUGAGGUGCUGAACCCAAAGAAAAAGAAAAAGAAGAAGAAAUAUCUCAAUUCAGGAACCGUGACACUGCUGUCCUGUCUUGUGGACAUUGAAGUCACUUUCUUGGACUACAUCAAGGGAGGAACUCAGAUUAAUUUCACGGUGGCUAUCGAUUUCACUGCUUCAAACGGUAACCCUUCUCAGCCUACCUCCCUGCAUUACAUGAGUCCGUAUCACAUGAAUGCCUAUGCCAUGGCUCUGAGAGCGGUCGGAGAAAUCAUACAGGACUAUGACAGCGAUAAGAUGUUUCCUGCACUGGGCUUUGGAGCCAAGCUGCCCCCCGAUGGGAGGGUCUCCCAUGAGUUCCCCCUGAAUGGAAACCCAGACAAUCCAUACUGCAGUGGUAUAGACGGUGUAAUGGAGGCAUAUUACCAGAGCCUAAAGACUGUGAGGCUCUAUGGACCCACCUACUUCUCACCUGUCAUCAAUCACGUGGCCAGGUAUGCGUCGCUGGUCAAGGACGGCUCGGAGUACUUCAUCCUCCUCAUCAUCUCAGACGGGGUCAUCUCUGACAUGGCUCAGACCAAAGAGGCCAUCGUCAAUGCAUCGUGUCUUCCAAUGUCGAUAAUAAUAGUUGGAGUGGGCCCAGCUGAAUUUGAUGAGAUGAUUGAGCUGGAUGGCGAUGAGAUCAGAAUCUCCUCCAGGGGAAGGUUUGCAGAGAGGGACAUUGUCCAGUUUGUGCCAUUCCGUGAUUACAUAGACCGCAGGGGAAACCAUAUCCUGAGCAUGGCCCGUCUUGCUAAAGAUGUUUUGGCCGAGAUUCCAGACCAGUUCCUCCACUACAUGAGAACCAGAGGCAUCAAACCGAACCCUGCACCCCCUCCGUACAGCUCCAAACCUCCAUCCCUAACUGGACAUCCACUGCAGACCCAGAUCUGA